AUGGACCCCAAUUCCACUGCGAAAGAGACGUGGGAGCGGAUUCGAUUGCAUGGACUGACAUACAUCAUGUCAGGCUGUGGCUGGUAUGAACAAUUAGCGCGCUAUUACAAAGAGAAUAUUGAGGCGCAUCCGCGAAAGGAGGAGUAUUUGCAUGCCAUAUCGAAAGUGCGCGCCGCGCAUAUUGGCGCAAGUGUGCCGGUGCCAUCUCUGUUGAAGAUUCUGCGUGAGGAGUUCAAAUUGCCAUUGCAAAUAUGCUACGGUUCAUCUGAGAUUGGUAGCAUGGUUCUGGGGACCUCUACUCAGGAGAUCGUGAAAGGUGAUCGAUGCCUUGGGAGACUGUGGUCCCCUGAUAUGCCUGUUAAGCUCUCUAAUGGCAAAGAAGGAGAAACUCUUGUCGGUGGUAUGAAGACUUUUCUUGGAUAUCUGAACAAUGAGCCUUCGAUUGAUGGUCUCUUUGACGAGGGAUACUUUCAAACUGGUGAUAUUGCUCAUCAGGAGGGUAUUUACUAUUUUUUCGAUGGCCGUGGAGCCCUUGACUUUAUCAAGACCGCUGGAGGGCGGGUUCCGGUUAUUGAAUUAGAAGAGGUGAUUCGAAAACUCAACUAUUUGAAGGAGGCAUAUGUAGUGCCUGUGAAAGACAGAACAAUUGGCACGCGUUUGGGUGUUCUCGUCAAGCCUCGGAAAGGGGUUGUCAGCUUGGAAAGCCUCCGGGGGGAUCUUGCUUCCCGCUUACCCAAUUUCAUGCUCUCCAAUGCAUUCCGACUGAUGUUGGAUGAGGAGCAGGUCCCACGAACACCCAGUGACAAAGUGGCCAAAAAUAAACUGAUCGAGGAGUUUUUCCCUUAUACCGAAGGUAAAGGGUUACCUCACACUGUCGAGCUUUGGGAUUUGAGUUGCAGUGAUCUGUGA